AUGAGCGCAGCAUCGUCCGCUCCGACACCCAACGCCAGCAUCUGGCCAGUCCAGCUGCGCGACGGUCACCCUCGCAGCCCGCCCGCGACAAAGCACCUCGCACCGGUCCAGCUCGACCGCCUCGACUUUGAGGACGUCUCGUACUUUUUCCACUUCCACCGCAUCGCAAAGCUCGCCCGCGGCCUCGCGCUCGACGACGGCUCGGACGGGGACAGCGACCGCAGCGUAGAGGAGGUUGGACGCAGCAUCGUAAAAAGCGGACGUCCAUCGCAGGCCAAUGGCUCCGGCGGACGAGGCACACCGAAUGGCAAGGCCAAGGCAUCCCGCAAGCGCCCCGCGGAUCGUGCCCCAUCAUCCGGCACAUCUUCGAGGCCCGCAAAGGCCGUCAAGCUCUCGAACGGCACAUCAUCCCGCUCCCCUCUUUCUCCGCUCCUCAGCGAUCCGACCACCGUCCUCGUUGACACUGCCUGCAUCUUUCGGGUCAAGGCAAGGUCCGCCAGCGACCGCGGCCACGUCUCCGACCUCGUGCAGGCCCUCCAAGCCGAGGGCGAACGUAGCAUCAGCCUCGGCGCCGUCAGGAUCGAGGUGGAAGGCGAGCAGCGGCUGGGAAACAGCAUCAUCAGCCAUGUCGCCACCCUCCGAGCCUCCGACUCUGGCGUGGAGCUCGCCACCUUGCCCCUGCUGGCCACCGACAGCUUUCAGCCCGAGAUGCGCCCGGACCAGUUCAGCAAUGGCAGCUGGAUCCCGGCAGCCCGCACUCUAUGCUCGGCCGGCGAGCUCGACCUUUCUGCGAGUCUCCGCAUCUUCGAACCUCCGCCGCAAAAGCAUCGGACGGAGCGUGCCGAGGCUGCCUCCCUCCACGUCGAGCUGCGCAUCAAGAUUGCCGUGCCGCUCAGCGCCGGUUCCGGUGCAGGGGCGCUGAGGCCGGCAGUCAUAGAGGACAUGGCCGAACUCGUCCGCUUCGCCGAUGCCCUGGGUUCCGAGCGCGACGAAGUCGACCGUAGGAAGAAGGUCAAUGCCCGGCUCGUCAUGGAUCAUCUGCAUCCCGCCGAGCUCGCCGUUAGCGACCAUAUCCAGCCUCCCGACCUCAACCCGACGCUGAUGCCUUUCCAGCGACGCUCGACCGCAUUCAUCCUCGGCAGGGAGGGCAAGGCGAUCGGCCAAGACGGCGCCGUCGAGGACACGGUGGACGUCAUCUCGCGGACCGGCAGCCGCGAGGUCGGUCUGUGGUGGAAGAAGAUAGACGACGGCCUCUUCUACCACUUUCUCGAGGGCCGCUUCGUCGCCAACGCCGAUCUGACGCGCUAUAGCAACCUCCGCGGCGCGAUGCUGGCCGAGGAGAUGGGCCUUGGCAAGACUGUCGAGGUCAUCGCCCUGAUCCUCCUCAACCCGAGGCAUGGCGUGUCGUCGGAGCGCAGCUGGUUCGACGCCGACAACAGCAUCGAGGUCCACCCGACCAAGACGACGCUGAUCGUCGCACCCGAGACGCUCCGCCAGCAGUGGGUCGACGAGCUGGCGCGUCACGCGCCCGAGCUCUGCGUCUACUCGUACACCAGCCGCCAGGACGCCGAGAACGACACGCCGCCGGGGCAGACGUGGGUGCAGUGGGCCUCGAGCCUCGACGUCAUCGUCACGUCGUUCCAUGUGCUUGGCCUCGAGCUGACGACGGCCAAGCCGGAGCCCGAGCGGUCGCGCCGCCACCCGAGAAAGUACGAGAGGCCGCGCAGCCCCCUGAUCCGCCUUCACUUCCACCGCGUGGUGAUGGACGAGGUGCAGAUGGUCGGCAGCCAGACGUCGGCCGCCGAGACCGCGGCCAUGCUGCACCGGGGCAGCUCGCUGGCCGUGUCCGGCACGCCCGUCAAGAAAAUCGACGACAUCAAGUCGUGCUUCCGCUUCCUUCGCAUGCCGUGCUGCUCUGGCACCUUGACGGCCCGGUCGUGGGAUAAGAUCCUCUCGCCGAAGCUCGCUCCGGCGCUCGUCGCCGUGAUGGAGACGAUCGCGACGAGGCACACCAAGGCUGGCGUGGCGCACGAGAUGACGCUGCCGACGCAGACGCGCAGCGUCGUCCCAGUCGACUUUACCGCCAUCGAGGCCGCCUUCUACGCAGACGUCUGGAAGGACGCCCUCUCUGCGGUGGGCAUCGACAGCGACGGAAAGCCGCUGCUGCCGAACUGGCAGCUCGACAUCAACGUCCUCGGCCGCCACCUGCUGCUCCUUCGGCAGGCGUGCACGCAUCCGCAGGUCGCGGUCCACGGGCGCGGCGGCGGCGUCGCCGGCAGCCAGAACCUGCGCAGCAUCGACGAGGUGCUCGAGCUCAUGGUCGACAGCACCAAGGCCGAGCUGCAGAGCAUGCGCGGGCAGUAUUUUGACCGGCGGAUCACAAAGGUGAUCCUCUCGCUCUACUAUCGCGACGAGCGCAAGCACGCCGUCGCCGAGGCCCAGAUGCUCGACCUGGCAAAGGAGCUGCGCAGCGAGGCGGGGCGGCUCGAGGACGACCUGAAAGCCACGGACGUGCAAGGGCCCCUGUACAACUUCAGCGACCGUGAGCUGGAACUCGAGGCCAAGGAGGCGAGCCGACAGGCGGCGCUCGGCCCUUCGCACCGCGACGAGGACGACGAUCGGCUGUCCGGCGCCCACGGGGCGGUGUCUGCAGGCCAAGGCAGCUCGCCAGAGUGGCAGAGUCUUUGCGCGGAUCCCGCUUACCAGGAGAAACGCAGGCAGAGAUCGGCCAACCACGCGCGCAUCAGCCACGUGCUGCGCCUCGUCUACCUUAGGCUGCACCGCGUCCUCCAAUUCACCGGCAACCUCUACUUCCAGAUGGGCGAGUUCGUAGAGGAUCGCGAGUCGAAGGAGACGGCGAACGCUGCCAAGGUCAAGGACGUCGACGCCGAGCCCCAAGCUGAGAUCACCAUCAUCAAGGGCGAAGACGGCACCACCCUCGCUGCGAAACCCGGGACGACCCGGGCCGAUGAUGAAGAUGCGCCGGAAGUUGGCAAGGCGGGCGAAGUCGAUGAGAAGGCGCAGCCCGCGCCGACGGAAGCGGAAGCAAAGCGUGCAGAGCUCAAGGCGAAGGAGGACGCCGCCUACGAGGCCGCGGAGCGAAUGCGCCAGAAGAUCCUGAGCGAGCAACGUCUGCGGGUAGAGCAUGCCGUCGAGAGGCUCGGACGGUCUAAGGUCGAUUUCGGCCUGGCCCAGAUAAAGUGCCGCGCCGACCCCGUCCUCGAGGAUGGCGGCGGCAUCACCACCGGCGACCUCAUUGAUGCCCUCAUCGAGACGAUGGACCUGCUGGAUCGUCAGGCCCGGGUGAUCUUUGAGUGGCGCAAGGACAUCCUCGACCGCCUCCGGCGCGCCGUUAACCGCGAUGUCAAUCUCGAGCGCGACGACGACGACCAGUACCAGGAGAACCUCGACACCCAGGCCGAGGCCGAGGUGCUGCUCGAGAUGUACCGCCCGCUGCUGGCCGAGCGCGAGCUGAUCAUCAGCGGCACGGUCGCGGUCGGCGCCACGGCUAAGCCCCAGCUCUACGUCGAGCUCGAGACGGCCGUGAGAAACGCCCGCCGGCAGCAGCUGCUGUCGGGAAUCGGCAACGGCGGCGGCGACGACGACGACGAAGACGGACCGGAUGACGACGUCCUGCGCGUCCACAAGCAGCAGCUGGCUCACUUCAAGAAGCUCGACGCACAGAAGAAGGACGUCUCGCUUCCCGAUCUGUCGCGCUGCCUCGGCUCGCUGCGGGCCCGGCUCAAGGAAGCGUCCGAGGGCGAUAUCCCCGAGGCCGAGCGCAAGCUGGCCGAAACCGCCUCGUCCGAGGCCCGCAGGAUCGGCCUCGAGCAGACCCGGCUGCUGGUCAAGCUGAAGACCGAAGCGCAGACGAUGCUGGGCCCGCUGUUCAAUGCGCGCACGAACUUUUUCCGAGAGUUGCAGAUGCUCUCGGAUUCGGUGGGCGACCCGAGCUUCACCGACCUGGACCGGUCGAUCAGGACCGCCGGCAAAGAGGAAGCGUCGCUGCGCGCCAAGUCCGACGCGCUCGAGGGCCGGCUGCGCUACCUGACCCACCUCGGCUCGGUGCAGAGCAUCGAGGCCUCGGCCUCCGACGGCGACGACGCGCGGCGUUGCUACAUCUGCACCGAAAUGAUCUCGACGGGCGUGCUGCCCAACGCGUGCGGCCAUGUCUGCUGCGAGCGCUGCUUCAAAGAGUGGCAGGGCCAGGGCCACCGCUCGUGCCCGAUGUGCAAGACGCGCGUGCUGCCCAACGAGGUGCACCGCAUCGUCUACCACAAGACCAACACCACAAGCGCGGCGAGCACCAGCGCCGAAGGCAGAGAUGGACGGCCCUCGGACAUCGUCGGCGGCGCCGAGUACCGCCUCAUAUCGGCCGCUCACCGCGACCAGAUCGACCGCGGCAGCGUCAACGGCCGGUACGGAUCCAAGAUCGACCUCGUCGCCAAGCACAUCCAGCAUCUUUUUACCACGCGCGGCGAAAAAUCGAUCGUCUUUUCGUCCUUCACCCGCGGCCUGGACGUCAUCGCCCAGUCGCUGACGGCCAACGGGCUGCGCUUCAUCCGCAUGACGGGCGCAGGCAAGGUGGCGUCCAAGGCGGCGGCCAAGUUCCACGAGCCCCAGGUGGCGGCUAUGCUGCUGCACUCUGAGGCGCAGUCUUCGGGCCUCAACCUGACGGUGGCGUCGCACAUCCACAUUCUCGAGCCCUUCCUGGACCGCAGCGUCGAGGCCCAGGCGCUCGGCCGCAUCCACCGCAUCGGACAGACAAAGGAGACCAACGUGUGGGUGUACAAGGUCAACGACACCGUCGAGGGCCGCAUCCUCGACGCCGCGGCAAGGAGGGGAGAGAGCUUCUACCUCGUCUCACAGCCGUCGUCGGCCGCCACUUCCUCGACGGGACCGGCAAAGUCGCUCGAGACCGAGGAGGGCGCCGUGGCCAAGUUCCGGCCUGCGGCGACCAGGGGCAAGAACAAGGAGCAGGGGCUGCGCGGCGAUACGGCCAAGAGCCGCGAGGAGCUCGUCGAGGUGUUUUCCGACAAGCUCGCCGCGCGGCUCGGCGGUGAGGGCCAGGCAGACGGCGCCACGGGGGAGAAUGGCGGCGAGGGCAGUGUUGGCUGGCGGGAGCGAUUGAUCGAGGCAACCUCAUCCAGCAGCAGCUGCGGGGGCAGCAGCAGCGUUGGGGUCGGCGGGUCCGGAUCGAGCAGCUUCCUGACUACGCCCGCGACGACGAGCGGCGUGGCGUCGCGCCAGAGCGGCGACUCGUCCACCACCUCGGGCGACGAGCAGGCGGAGCGUCAACGGGCACUGCGGCUGGCGGCCAUCGAACGACGUCUCGGCGGUAUCGGCAGUGGUGGUGGUGGUGGUGGUGGUGGUGGGGCGGGGGCGGUGGAACCGUGA